AGUCCGGGAGAAGGCGUCUGAGGCGGAGAAAGACCCCGAUAGUCGUCAUUUCUCUGCCAACCUCUUUAAACUACUCGGACCUCUCUGAGGCUUCUCAACCCUUUUCUUCGUAGGUUAGAGAGCAAAAGUAGGCAGGUAAGGAGUCUGGCGUUUUAGUUUCCGCUUCCUGUGGCAAAGGGCAAGCGGAAUGUAAACACGGGGCCGCGGCAGUGGUUAUCAGCAUGGCUUCCUUUGGGUGGAAGAGGAAAAUUGGUGAGAAGGUCUCCAAGGCCACUUCACAGCAAUUUGAAGCUGAAGCUGCUGAUGAGAAAGAUGUAGUUGAGAAUGAUGAAGGAAACUGGCUUCAUGCCAUUAAACGUAGGAAAGAAAUUCUCCUUGAAGGCUGUACUGAGAAAAGUAAACAGCUGAAGGAUGAAGGAGCGAAUUUGGCUGAAAAUAAAAGAUAUCGGGAGGCAAUUCAGAAGUGGGAUGAAGCACUACAGUUAACCCCAAAUGAUGCUACCCUCUAUGAGAUGAAAUCACAGGUUCUGAUGUCUCUUCAUGAAAUGUUCCCAGCAGUACAUGCUGCAGAAAUGGCUGUACAACGAAACCCACAUUCAUGGGAGUCUUGGCAAACUUUGGGGCGUGCUCAGCUUGGAUUAGGAGAGAUAGUCCUGGCAAUUCGAAGUUUUCAGGUAGCCCUUCAUAUCUAUCCAAUGAACCCUGAACUAUGGAAAGAAGACCUUUCUUGGGCAAGAACACUUCAGGAGCAGCAGAAGGUAGCACAGAGGAUUAAGAAAAGUGAAGCACCAUCUGAAGGAACACAUUUUUCACCAAAGUCAAUUCCUGACUAUGACUUUGAAAGCGAUGAGAUUGUUGCUGUUUGUGCAGCUAUUGCUGAAAAACAGAAGACAGUUUCAGCAAAUAAAACAAUGGUUAUUGUGUCAGCUUCUGGGACUGUUGAGACUGUAACUGAGAAGGAGGAUGGUGCUACCCCACCAGAUGGCUCUGUUUUUAUCAAAGCCCGAUGAAGCAAUAUGCAGAAAGGAGUUAUUUGAAUCUUUUUGAUUGCAACUUAAAGUUUAGACAUUAGGGACAUUUACUCUGGAGAAAGAAGGCAGAACUACUGUUUGUACAAUAAGUUUUUCAGAUGAAUAUAAAAACUAAAUGGUAGAAUUAUAGUGUUUGGACUAUGCCUUGAUAAGUUACAAUUUAUGCUUCUUAAAAUUAGAAUUCUGAGUGAAAUAUGUUUUGAUUCAUAAACUUAGUUUGUUUUAAAUCUGAAUGAAUACAUUCUUAAGGACUCAACUUGAGAAGUGUAUUCUUGAAUAGUGACUAACUUGGUGGCCAUUGUUUUUAAAAUGUUGACUUAUUGACUUUUGCUUUAUGAUAAAGGCAGUGUGUGAUUUCUUUCCCUCCUAGAGAUAUGCUGCUUGUUACCUUUCACUCUUCCAUUUUUUCUGCUUCACUAAAGUAAGUCUUCACAAAGCUUGAAUAUUUUUGACAUUCAUUUUGAUUCAAAAUUACCAUUUGGUAAUAUGUGAAAUUUUUGAAAGUUUAUCUGAAAAUGUGUGCAAAUGUGUACAUUCUGAACAUUUUCUUGAUGCUUUUAAUUCAGAUUUGUACUUCUGUUUUGACUUUAAAGUUCUAUCAGUGGCAUUUGUCUUCUUAGGUGUGUGAAAUACUGAUAAAUGUCAAAAUGAUGGUUUUAUUAUUUUCAUUGUUAUGGUUACAGAUGUGUCAUAACAAAUUGUGCUCCAAAAUUAUCACAAUCAAAACCCAAAUUUCUUUUCCUUGUUUUUAGAUGCUUAAAAAGUCCCGAGAAUAUUUGUUGGUUGCGACUUUCCAGCUGAUGAUUUAGAAUUACUUUUCCAAAUAUCUUUUGGAACUAUUCAGUGAAAUGAAAAACAAUUAAAAUUUAAAUAUGUACCAAAUCUUUCUAAAAAUAAAACAGUAGGGAUAUUGUUAAAAUGCCAGUGAAUGAACAAGUUAAGCAAAAAAUACAUAGACACGGGAAUGUGAUUUAUGGUAUAAUCUCAUGAAUGUGAGGAUGUAUUAAAGAAGUUGUUUGUUGAAAGAACACAUUUGUAAAUCAGUACUAUCAUUGUUAAUAUGAUUAUUUUUAUACUGUAUAUUGCUGUACAACCUUAUAGGACUGUUGGGAACUGUUAUUGUGACACUCAGGAAGAUAUUAUUGGCAUAAAAUUAAUUUUAUCUUUUAGAGAUGAGAGUUAACUACUUUUUGUGUAAUCUUACUUAACACUGUUGGGGCAUGUGAAUAAUGGUCUACAUUUUUGUGAGAAUUCCAUUUUUAAAAUUUUUGUUCUAGUAGAAGAAAGCCUAUUUUCUUUUUCAGAGUUAGAGAAAUCAACACUUGCCUUAAAAAGUAUUAUAGUUUUCCCCUAGGUUAUAUCAUCAAAAAGCCCUGGUUAAAGAGAUGAGUUUUAGAAUGAUAAAAAUAUUACUUAUUUUAUUUUGUUUAAUAAGGAAUAUUCUCAAAGGGAGGUGAGUACUAGAGAAAUGAUUUGUCAACAUUUGGUAUGUUGUUUUGUGCAAUGGAUAUUUGUUUAUUGUGAAAUAUGUGAAUAAAUAGUUUUUUUCCUGGAUUUUGAAGAUUUCCCCAUUUUAUGUUGUUAGCUUUUGAAAAAUUUGAUUGAUUUUACUUUACUUCCUAUGUGAAAGUAAUGUAUAGUAAGCAUCUUGCAUGUUUCCUCAUACAUGAAGUGCUCAGUAAAUGCUAGCUAUUUCUAUGAAAAAUUUGCAUUAGUUUGGAGAUACUUAACCUGUCUCCUCUGAUUUUAAGAAAGAACUCCAUGAUCUUUCCUUAUCUGAAAGUGAGAAGUCACUACUUUCAAUUUUUUAGGAUAGGUGAUUAUUAAUUGGAGAUUGUUCUUAGCACAAAGUCUGUGCCUCAGCUUCAAAAGAGGUACAACCCAGCAUGGAGUACAUCAGGUCACUAGACUAUUUAAGAGUCUGUUCUCCUCUGUGUUGGCUUUGGCAGGCCAGAUUUUUCUCUUCUUUACCAAGUUUAGACAUAAAGUGGAGGAGAAAAAAACAAUAGUUAUGGAGGGAGGAAGGCUACUAAUUUUUUUAGGCCCCCAAAGACGAUUAUUUUAGCUAAAACUUUUCCAUGCAAGGAGAGAAAAAUGGAUUCAUUAAUUUUAAGGAUGUGAAUACUGAUGCAUAAAAGUUUACCAGGCUUAUUGGUUAUAAUGAUGAAUUUUUAUGAACCCUGAGAAAAAUGUUUGUGAUAGUGCUAUAAUUAUUGAUGUCUAUUUCAUAAAACAGCACUGUCUAUGGUUCAAAUUACAGUGAAUAUAAUUUUAUUAUUCUUGUUUGAAAGUUGUGUGCCGUAGACACUCAGUAGUUAGAAAACUUCACAUCCAGACCAUGCCUCAUAACGUGGGAUUUCUGUUAUUCUCUGGAAAACAGGCUCCUAGAUUGUAUUUAUCUUAGAUAUGCUAAGAAAUACUACAUAAAACAUUGAAAAGUCAUGCAGAGCACCCUUCACAGAACUCAGGCCUACUGAAGCUGGGGCCUUUGUACAAAAUAGGAUGGUAGUGGUUUAAGUAUGCAAAUUUUAAAAAUUGAUUAUAUAUGCAAAUAUUAAUGAAGACACAAAAUAAAAAAGUAUCUCAGAAAACUAGAGUUAUAACUGAAUAGUAUAGCCUUAUCGUUUUGAAGAACUGUACUUUACAUGAUCCAAAAACUUACUUCACUGCCUUUCCCAGAAGUUAGAAAAUUAUUAAUCAUUUUAAAUUUCCUUGAAUCAGAACCCUACUAAAUUGAUACUGGUCCAGUCAUACUGAGCUGUGAUUUCAUGAUGUAAUAUGUAUGUAAAUGAGUUGUGAGUUGACACAAGAACCAUAGUCCCAGAAGUAAUUAUCUUCAAAUCAAUAGGCAUAUUAAAUGUAUUCUUUUCUAAGAAGUUAUUAAACUGAAGAUAUAUUUUAUAAUUGAUGGCAUAUCAAUAGUAUUGAGAUAGUCAGAUUUCUUAUACCAAUAAUGAAAUAAUGGAAAUCUGUAAAUUGGUUACCUCCUUACCAAAGUAAACUAAAGUGAAAUAACGGAGGUAAUUCCUAAAGUUGUGUCUCUUAGUCACUUGCAAUUAAUUAUGGCCACUUUGAAUGGGAGAGAAACAGUGGUCCUGUAGUUAGAAUACCAUACAUGAAUCCUGUCUUAAUUUGAUUACAUGUGAAUUUCAUCUGUUGUAUAUGCCGACAGGGAAGAAAAGUUGAGAAACACUCCUCUCCACUGGUUGGAAGGCAGAAAGGGAUGGCUUCUUUACACAGUGCUUCUUAGGAUGUUCAUUAACCAAAGAAUUCUGUUCUCUUCUCACCUCGCUGGGAGAGGAGGGAAUUUGGGAUAAAGAAGUGACAUUCACAUACCUUUCUCCCUUCUUUGGGUUUGUCAUACCUGCUCUCAGCCUUGGGAACCUUGUGGUGAAGGAUGUGUCUCCCUCUCUGCAAGGGGAUACUCAUGCUUGCAGAACUGUGCAUGGUUUGUAGAGCAGGUUAUCUUUAAUUUUGGGUGCAAUAUGAGGUGGCCGUUGUUGGCACAGACCUAAAUUAUGUCAUUUAACUUAUUAUAUCAUUUAUCUUUAGCAGUAAAUCUGAUAUAUUCACUCUCCUCCUUUUUGACUUUCUCUCAAGUGCUUCAAGAGGCCAUGAGGGGACAAGGAUUAUUUUAAAUGACUCACUCAAGACUCUUAAGAAAAAUCUUAUUUCUUUUUUUUUUUGCCAUACAAUUUAUUUUUAUUUUUUUAGUCAUAAAUGACAGCAGAAUGUAUUUUGACAUAUAAUACAUACAUGGAAUGUACAUACAUCAAUCAUAAUGUCUAUUCUAUUCUGUUGCCCUUCCUAUCCCCCCUACUCCUCCCACAAAAAUUUUAUUUCAAAGUAAAAAUGAGAUUUAGUAUAAAUGAAUGGGGAAAUUCUUGGCUUAUUUCAUUUUUUCAAUUAUGGAAAUUGUAUUUAAAAUGAGUAAUAUUAGUUAUAAGGCAACUUAAAAAUUUUUUCAGGAUAUUUACAAGGUCUACUUAUUUAGUACAAGGAUAAGCCACAAUAUAGAAUAUACAUUUAAUUGGAAAGGAAGACUAUGAAAUGAAUUAUGGUAUCCUCUUCCUACUCCUGUCAACUUUCUUAAAUUAAUAUAAUUUGAACAUAAUGAAAUACAACCAUUUUAAUUUACAGUUUGGUGAGCUGACAAAUGUAAACAAACGCCCUGUCACUAUUAAGAGGAAAUUUAUGUCCCAUCACCAAAAAGGUCUCUAAAGCUUUUAUGCAGUCAUUUCCCCUCUCCUCUAACAGCCAGCCCUGUUUAACUACUUAACCUGCUUUGUGUGACUAUAAAUUAGAUUUCAUUUUUCUAGACUUUCAAAUAAAUAGAUCAUACAAUAUGUACUCUUUGUAUCUGAGUUGUCUUUGUUCAGCAUUUUUUUGAGAUUUCAUCUGUGUUAUUGUGUAUAUAAGUAAUAUGUUCCCAUUUAUUGCUUAGUAUUCUACAGUAUGAAUAUGUUUCGAUUUGUUUAGCUCUUCUUGUUGAUGGACAUCUAGGUUGUUUCAAGUUUUUCUCUCUUAUGAAUAAAGCUGCUGUGCACAUAGAUCACA